AUGUCCGAAUACCCACUCCUUUGCUUGGGAAACCCCCUUCUUGACAUUCAGGUCAAUGGUGAUAAGGAACUUUUGGAGAGAUAUGGGCUUAAGUCAAACGACGCUAUUCUCGCUGAGGAGAAGCAUCUCGACCUCUAUGAUGAGAUUACCACCAAGUACCAUCCCAAGUACCUUGCUGGAGGAGCUGCACAGAACUCUGCUCGUGGUGCUCAAUACGCUCUUCCACCUAAAUCGGUCGUGUAUGUGGGCUGCAUCGGAAAGGAUGCUUUUGGCGAACAACUUACAAAUGCCUGUGUGAAAGAGGGUGUCCUCACAAAGUACCGCGUUGAUGAGGAGCAGCUCACUGGCCGUUGCGGUGUCAUUAUCACUGGCCUUGACCGCUCUAUGGUCACUGACCUUGCCGCUGCCAACCACUACAAGCUCGAGCACCUCAAGUCCCCCGAAAUUUGGUCAUACGUUGAAAACGCGAAGAUCUUCUAUGUCGGUGGAUAUCACUUGACUGUCUGCGUUCCAGCAAUUCUCGCUCUCGGAGAGCACGCUGCUGAGACAAACAAGGUUUUCAGCAUGAACUUAUCUGCUCCUUUCCUUCCCCAAUUCUUCAAGGAACAGCUUGACUCAGUUCUCCCUUACUGUGACUACUUGAUCGGUAACGAAUCAGAAGCAAUCGCCUACGCCGAGUCCCACGGCCUGGAUACCAAGGACAUCACUGCGAUCGCCAAGGCCAUCGCAGCUCUUCCCAAGAAGAACACUUCCCGCCCCCGCACUGUUAUCAUCACUCAAGGAACUGAACCCACCGUUGUUGUCAUUGGUGAUGCUGAACCUACCAGCUACCCAGUGAGACCUGUUGCCCCUAGCGAUAUUGUCGACACCAAUGGAGCAGGUGAUGCCUUCGCCGGUGGUUUCCUUGCCGGCCUUGUGCAAGGCGAUGAGUUGAAGACUGCAGUUGACAUGGGACAUUGGCUUGCCAGCUGGGGAAUCAGAGAGCCUGGCCCAGCUUACCCUGCUGAGAAGAAGGUUUAUUCUCAAUCUUCUUAA